CUUAUAACUGUGCUGUACUCAUUUUUUUCAGCAAAAAGUUUCUUGUGGUGCACGCGAUUUUAUCAGCGAUGGUGGAGAAGCACAACCUCAAGAACCCAUCCGUGAAACGGAUUCUCCGAGAGGUCAAGGAGAUGCAAUCAAACCGUUCCGAUGACUACAUGAGUCUCCCUCUUGAGGAGAAUAUAUUUGAAUGGCAAUUUGCAAUUAGGGGACCUCCUGAUAGUGAAUUUGAGGGUGGUAUUUAUCACGGAAGGAUCCAGUUGCCUUCAGAAUAUCCCUUCAAGCCUCCUUCAUUUAUGUUGCUGACCCCUAGUGGUCGUUUCCAGACGCAAACUAAGAUUUGCUUGAGCAUAUCAAAUCAUCAUCCUGAGCAUUGGCAACCGUCAUGGAGCGUAAGAACUGCUCUGGUUGCACUAAUUGCAUUCAUGCCCACCAGCCCAAAUGGUGCCUUGGGCUCAUUAGACUACAAGAAGGAAGAGAGGCGUGCUUUGGCCAUUAAAUCUCGUGAAGCAACUCCAAGAUUUGGGACUCCUGAACGUCAAAGACUGAUUGAUGAGAUACACAAGUAUACGCUAAGCAAAUCAUCUCCUGUUCCACAAUGUGGCCACUCAGAAACUUCUGAAGAAGCCUCCAAAACCAAGGAGGCCGAGACUCAGGUUAAUUUGAAAAUUCCGGAGGCUUUACCUGCAGUAGAGGGGAUUCCAGACCAAGCAGGUGACAGAAUAGUUGAAGAACAAGAAUUCCCUGUCAAUGCUAAUCCUAACCCUGCAGGAGUUGAGGCUUCGGUGGUGAAUCCAUCCAGCAUCUCAAGCAAGCAGUUGCUCCAAAAGUCAGAUGCAAGGUUUCAGAAUUUGAAACCAGAGACAAGGGUUCAAAAACCUGAUGAUCGAUUGUUCACACUGGCAGCUAUUGGACUUACUAUAGCAAUUGUGAUCCUUUUGCUGAAGAAGUUUGUUAAUUCUGAACAUGGUGCAGUUUUCAUGAAUGAAUCAUAGAUGUAUUCUUUGCUCUUGGCUUCAAGGUCAAGAUUCUUAACCUCCCAAGUCAAUAGGAAAAUCUAGCACUUCUCUUGUUAAUAUUUUAUGAUCUUUCAAUUUGUACGUAGGGCUUGUAAUUAUGAUAAUAAAAUACAUUGGCUUGUAAUGAUGAUAAUAAAAUACAUUUUUGCUAACUUUGAGUUCGGGAGCAGGGUUGAACAGUCCCACUCCCCAUUAUUAAAACUUGAUGCAGUGUCUAGUGUAUCUGUAAUAAUAUGAUAAUGGAAAAGAUACU